AUGUCGUGCGCCGGCGCACGCGACAUCGCUGCGAUCGUCGCGACUCGCGCGUCGUCGCGGCGCCGUCAUCACGCGCACGGCACGGCGUUCGGCGUCGAUGAUAGAACAUCGACAAACUCAGUCAGAAAAUCAACUCCGUCUCGACGCGGCGACGCGUGCGCGCGCAACGCCGGUGCUUUCACGAAACUGAUUGAAAUCCCGGUCGCGCGCGGCAUCGCGCGCGCGGCGGUGGCGCCGGCGAAGAAGUUUUUUCUCGACGGAAAGCGCGCGACGGAGCGCGGGUCGGAGAAUGCCACUGUGCGAGCGCCGGACACGGAUCGCGCAGCGUACGAUGCGGCGCCGAUGCAGGGUUUGAGCGGGUACGACGUCGGGGAAGUUCCAUUCGUGAUGCAGGCGGUGUGUUACUACGAGGAGACGCUCGACGUUGGGGUGCUCGAGCGAGGGUUACGGACGACGCUCGGGAAAUAUCCAAUGCUGGCAGGACGGUUGGAUUUGAGGACGCCGGGGUGGGAGAACAAGGGAGUGAAGCUCACGAACGAUGGUGUGCCGUUGCGCAUCGUGCGUGACGAUGACCUGAAGUUUGCGGAUCUGCCGCAGGACUACGCGAGCGAGACGCGGAGAUUUUUAGAUUUCUCGCCUUGGAUUGACGUCAUGCUCGGAGAUGCGCCGCUGUUCACUGCAAAGGUGACGCAGUGCGCGGGAGGUGGGAGCGUCUUGGGGGUGUGCAUGUCUCACGCCGUAAGCGAUGGACAAGGAUUCAUCGAGUUUUUGGUGACGUGGGCCAAGGCGUCAAACGGUGAGGUGCAUCCUUUGGGAGAUCCGGUAUUCGAUCGAUGCCUCGUCGCGCAACCGGCGGCAGACAUGUCAGUGGAGGAAAUGCGCGCGAUGCUCUCGAAAGAAGGGUUCGAUAACGUACCGUCAGCGCCCAUGCUAGGCACAGCAUUGCUCGCUGGACGACGUCUGGUCCCGGACUUUCUUCGUUUCCCAGCUGGGAACCGAAUGAUGGUGAGCAUAAGCGAGGACAACAUGCGCCUCUUGCGAGAGGCAUCCGGCGCGUCGAAUGACAACGAAGCCCUGAGCGCGCACUCGUGGCUCGCCCUUGCAGAUUUGUGUCAGCUUCCAAAGGGCACGCCAUUAGAGCACGUGACGGUCGUGAGUGGUCGAGGUGGUCGAACGGGACUUCCCGAUAUGUACUUCGGUAACGCGGCAAUCGGCGUAGUCACUGGUCGCGUGAGCGUCGGUGACUAUUCGUCUCUGGCAGAGGUGCGGGAUGGUCUUCGUCCAGGAUUCACGAAGGCCAUGAUGAGACGUAAUAAAUAUUUGAUGCUCACCGAGGCCGCGUUUCGAGCGGGAGUGAACGGCUUUGACUUUGACAUUAUGGCUUUCAUGCAAGGACAAAUGGUUUGGUGCAACAAUUUGGUCGAAAUUUACAAGAAGUUGUACGACUUGGAUUUCGGAGGUGGCGGUCCGACUUUAGCGCUUCCGCCGGAACUGAACGAUAUCGUUCAGAUUCAGUGCUCCAGACCCGAUCGCGCGACGGGUACACCAGCGGGGGCGAACGGCGUUGAGAUGUUUAUUAAUCUCCCGCCAGCUAUGAUGGAGAAACUACGUCAGCCCGCGGCGAUUGAACGCUUAGCGGGUGCGCGAGAUAUUAGAUAG